AUGGUUAACUUAUUUAAAAAAGAUGAGUCAAUAAAACCUUAUGGUGGUUAUAAAUUAACUUUCUAUCCUGACGAAUUUGUUUUGCCAGGAGGAAAGGACAAGCAAUUGCUCCAUAUUCAUGUCAUUGGCCAAGAAGGAGAAAUAAGAGUAUAUUUACCAAGAUUGGAUAUUGAAACUAAAAGAGUAAAAGAAAUUAAGCAAGAAGUAAAUCCAAAAAUAAAAGGGGCAAAUUUUUCGCAACCGAAAAUUGUUGCUUGUCAAACAAGUAAAGAAAAAUUAACCGCCCAAUUAGAUGAUGGUCGCGAAGUCAGUAUUUUGCUUAGUUGGCUUAGCAAAUGA